AUGGCUACCACUCAACAGAAUGAUGGAAGAAAUACUGCUCCGGUUGAUGCUUCUCCUAAUGUUGUUGGGACACAAGAAGCGGCGGAAAACGCUGCUAAUGUUCGUGGGAAAACGGAUCCUGCUUGGGAGCAUUUUGCAUUUCAAAAGGAAGGAAUGUCAUGUACGUACACUUGCCUCUAUUGUGGAACAUCAUACAAAGGCGGGGGGAUAAAUAGAAUGAAGCACCAUCUUGCAGGCAUACCAGGUCAAAUAUCUGCUUGCAAGAAAGUUCCUCCUAAUGUUCGCCAUAGAAUGGUAGCUUUAUUAGAAAGUAUUGAACAAAAGAAAAAUGAAGCCAAGAAUAACCGCAAUGAAGCAUUUGGUGAUGGAGCUAUUGAUGAAGUUGGUAAUGAACUUAAUGCUUGUCCAACUGUAACACCUGCAUCUACUCAAAGCAAAGGAAAAACGAAAGUUACAGGUGAAAUUGACAAUUACUUUGCUCCAAGAACGACUCUUGGAUCCCAACCAACACUUAAAAGUGUUUUGUCUAGUAAAGAAGCUGUACACAAAGCUAAGAUGGCAAUUGCUAGAUGGUUUUUUGAUGCUUGCAUUCCAUUUAAUGCAUUACAAUCACCAUAUUUUCAGCCAGCAUUGGAUGCAGCUGUUGCCAUUGGCUCUGGUUUUAAAGGUCCAUCUUAUGAUGAAUUAAGGGUCAACUUGUUAGGAGAUUGCAAGAAAGAGUGUCAGUUACUUGUUGAAAGCCACCGGGCCAAUUGGGCUAAGUAUGGAUGUACAAUCAUGGCUGAUGGAUGGAGUGAUCAACGACAAAGAACUUUGAUAAAUUUUAUGGUUUAUUGUCAUACAGGCAUGUCAUUUGUCAAAUCUGUGGAUGCAUCUGAUGUUGUGAAAGAUGCUUCAACAUUGUGCAACUUGUUUUCUGAAGUUAUUGAGUGGGUUGGACCUCAAAACGUGGUUCAUGUUGUCACAGAUAAUGCGGCUAACUAUGUAGCUGCCGGUAAAUUGCUUCAUCAGAAAUAUGAGAACAUUUUUUGA